AUGUUGGAGAUUGCUCGAAUGAGCGUUAAGUUGUCGAAGAGCACCUCGAGAGAACCAAUUUCCAAGGUGAUCGCCAUGCAAAGGGUUGAUCUGAUUGCAGAGGCCUCUGCGAUUAGUGGUGAGCCGAUCGAUGAUUCAACCAUCGAUCCGUUGAUUGGAGCUUCGAACCCUGGUCCCGAGAACACCCAACCCAAUCCUGCUGCAAAUUCGUCUGGAGAAACAUGUCCAGAGAAAAAGGUUUUGUACAAACUGAUAUCAGGUCUUCAUUCUUCAAUCCCCAUGCACAUCGCUGGUGAUUAUCUUCUUGACGAGUCACGCAACCAGUGGGGACAGAACAUCGAGCUGAUGUAUGAUCGUAUUCUGAGGCAUCCGGACCGUGUCAGAAACAUGUACUUCACGUAUCUGUUUGUGCUGCGUGCUUUAACUUCUCUUCUGUCGGCAACAGAGUACUUGGAGCAAGCAGAGUAUGACACAGGGAACCAUGCGGAAGAUCUGAAAACACAGUCCUUGAUCAAACAGUUGUUGUACAGUCCGAAACUCCAAACAGCAUGUCCUGUUCCUUUUGAUGAAGCUAAGCUGUGGCAAGGUCAAGGUGGACCUGAACUGAAGCAGCAGAUCCAGAAAAAAUUCAGGAAUAUAAGUGCACUGAUGGACUGUGUAGGUUGUGAAAAAUGUCGGCUUUGGGGGAAGCUUCAGGUUCAGGGUCUAGGGACAGCAUUGAAAAUAUUCUUCUCUGUUGGAAACCAAGACAAGGAGGGUGACCAAACACUUCAACUGCAACGUAAUGAGGUGAUUGCACUGGUGAACUUGCUCAACCGUCUCUCUGAGUCGGUUAAAAUGGUUCAUGAUAUGAGACCAGACGUGGAGAGGCUAAUGGAGGAUCAGAUAACUAAGACAUCAUCUAAACCUGGUAGAUUAAGAAGAGUAUUGGAUUUAGCUUUCUCCUUUUUGGUGAAAUAA